CUAAGCCUUAUCUGCAAACAGUAUCAUUUGAUCGAAAGUAUCAAAUACAACUUAAAACAAACUUUACAAAAUGUUCAAAUUCUUUGCCGUAGCUUUCGCCGCCAUUUUGGCCGUAGCCUCCGCCGCCCCAAAAGCUGAGCCAGGCUUAGCCUACACCGCUCCUUUGGCCUACAGUGCUCCUUUGGCGUACUCCGGUGCCGCCCCCAUUGCCUAUUCCUCAUACGCCGCCCCAUCUGUUUACUCCGCAGGAUAUGCUGCCGCCCCACUUGCCUAUUCUUCAUAUGCCGCCCCCGCUGUCUACGUUUAAAUGUUCCUGUUUUGGCUAUGGUUGUAAUUUUUUUUUUUUGGUGCGAAUUCAAACAAAAUUUAAGUCAUUAAAUAAAUCAAUGUAAACUAU